AUAGCUAGAGGUCUUAUGUGUAAAGUUGCAACUCUGUAAAUAUCCUAUACAGGAGAGUGAAUCGAGAGUGAGCUAUUCCCGACCAAAACUUCCAGAGUACUCUUCCCCUCUUCUCCUCUCUUCUCCUCCAAACUCAAAUCUCUAAUCUUGGAGAGGAUCCAGUGGGUGUGAAUCAACAUGGCAUCAGAGCUUUGGCAAGAUCCAUCCCGGUGACGCUCGUGUGGACAUUGCUGGGCGUUCGGGAGGUGAAGGCAGCGGGAUUGAGACCCAGUACGGCGGUGGGGAGUCGAAUCGGGGCUACCUGAAGAAGGUUGCGGGGCUCCCUGGAUCAGAGAAAAGAGGAGCAGGAGGUAAGAGGUUGUUGUUGUUUCGAUUUGGAGAAAUAGGGGACUGCUGCUGCAGAUUUGGGGAGGAAGAAGAGAGAUUGAGGGCUGCUGCUGUGUGGUCUCUGAAAAGGGAUAAAGGGAUAGUAGAGAGCAGCAGAGAGCUUGUAAAGAAGAGAGAUUGAGCACUGCUGCUGCUUUUCCUGCUGAGUGUGGAGGAAUUGAAGAUAUGGCAGGCAAUGGUAGUGCUCCAGGGGCAGUCACAGCAGGGGAGCUUGCUGCUGUCUUGCAGGCCAUGGAUGAGAAAUAUCAGCUGUUGUUUGAUGCGAUUAGCAAGCAAGCAGGGAACUCAAGAUCAGAAGUGGAGGCAAAAGAGGAGAUACAUCCUUUGCAAAUGCCCCAUGUAAAAUUAGAAGGACCAGAAAAUUAUGUGAGCUGGGCAGAGCAUGCGGAGACCAUCUUGGUUUCCAGGAAGCUUGAAGCUUACAUUCUAGGCACAGUGGAGAAGCCUAUGGAUGAGAGUUCCAAAGAAGGUCAGAAGUGGAAGAUGACAAAUGCACUAGUGAGGGCGUGGUUAUUGAGCUCUCUAUCACCUCAGAUUGCCAAACAAGUUGAAAGGAUUAAAGAAGCUUCUGAAAUUUGGAGGUUAUUGAAAGGGACAUUCUCAGGAGUAGGAAACAAAAUGCUUGCUUGCAAGAUUCAAAAGGAGUUACAAGAUUUGUGCCAAGGCGAGAAGACGGUGGUUGACUAUGUUUCUGAACUAAAACGACUUUGGAGCGAUCUGGAUUAUUAUGAUCCAAUCGAGAUGGAGUGUGGCAAAUGUAUUGAAAAAUACAAUAAAUGGACAGAGAGAAGGCGUUUUAGGGAUUUUCUGAAUGGACUUAAUCCCAAAUUUGAGAAUAGGAGGGCAACACUUUAUGGCAGUGGCAAGUUACCUCCUUUGGAGCAAGCGAUAUCUGCGAUCAUUAGCGAGGAGACACGCCUGAAAUUGGAGGUUGGAGGACUAUCUAUGCAGGGCAUAGCACAGAGGCGUUCAGCCCUUCUUGUCACAGAAAAUGCAAAUAACCAACGGUUUGGGUUGAACACAUCCGAAAGAAAUUGCUUUGAGUGUGGCCAGCCAGGGCAUAUAAGAUCAUCUUGUCCUCAAUUAUUUGGGAGUGGACGUGGAAGAGGUCAAAACUGGCGCGGCAGAGGUCGUGGACGGGGGCUUGGUGGGCGUGGUAUUGGUUUUUUGCCGUGCAGCAGGCAGGGCAAAUGCCUCGGUUAUGGUAGAUGAACACUCUCAAAAUGUGAACGUGGAAAUGAGCGCGGAUGACUGGGAGAAGUGGCAGCAAUUUAAAGGGUUAAGGUUAGGUGAUAAGCAAACUACUGAAGCGCCCACGACACCAUCCUCUGCCGCAUCUGCAAAUUUUAGUGGAACUUGGGACUGGAAGAAGACUUGGGACAGGGAGCAUGCAUGAUGGAUUGUAUUAUUUGGAUGAUAAUACAUCACCAGCUGUCGCUGCUGCUCUAUCCUCUUCACCACUUGAAGAAUUUAUGCUACAACACCGAAGACUUGGGCAUAUGUCUUUUGUUAUUCUGGGUCAGCUUUACCCUAAUCUCUUUAAUAAAGUUAGAAAGGAGGACUUGGUAUGUGAUGCUUGCCUAUAUGGAAAGCAAAUCCGCAGCACUUAUAUUCUAUCUGAUCAUAGAAGUGAUGUCCCACUUCAGACAAUACACUCUGAUGUGUGGGGUCCUAGUGGAGUAGUGUCUAUCAAUGGAUAUCGUUAUUUUGUUACCUUUAUUGACUGUUGUACUAGGACCACUUGGGUGUAUGUGUUGAGGAACAAAAAUGAUGUAUUUGA